AUGGUUGGCGUUUUGCGACCCGAACUUGUAAGCUUCAGUGAACUUUCAGAAGUGUACUUGAGAGCGAAUGCUGAAGCUACCGAGAGCCCUGCGCUCUGCGCUGCUUCGCGGCGCCUUCUGAUCGUCUUUGCCACCACGAUUCUCCCCUGCAUCUACGGCAAAACCUGGUGGUUCACGACCAACGCGGGCAUCGACGUGCCCAGCCACCUGGACAAUUCGAAAGGACAGAUCCUUCUCCUUUCUGCACUGCUGGUCUUCAAAGCACUCUUCCAGGUUGCAGGGGACUUGAUCUACUUGGCGGAGAAAGAAACCUUCGGCUCGAACGACCUCGGCUUCUUUAAGAAGGACUUCGAGACCUUCGGCCCGGACGGCUUCAUCUCCUACGGCGAGAUCUUGGAACCUGGCUAUCAGUCUGGAAACAGGAGCCUGGAAGCGCGCUGCUGCCUGGACUUUGGCUACUCCGCGGACAUCGAGGAUUACCCGACCGAGUUCUCCAUCUACGUUCGGGAGUACGACCAGGUCUUCUCUGCCUGCCUCCUGCUGAACGGUCUCUACGGCGACUUCAUCGAAGCGAUGUCAUCGUCGUCUACAGCGCCGAACAGCUCAGGCAUUCCAUUGCAGGAAUUUCGACGAGACUGCCCUCCUGGAUGGGCUCCUGGGUUGCCAGACUAUCCGUUGCGGCUUUUCUUCGACAAAUUGAAGCUAUGGUACCAAAUCUUUGAUGGUGCAGAUGAGCUAGUGGGGCCGCUUGUAGCUGGGAGACUCCAAGGAAAGGCACAACGAUUGGCACUUCAACUACGGCUUCCGCGUCCGGACGGAGGAGUGGAUGUAGGAUCGGACGCCCUGGUCCGACUCUCGGUUGAGGAGGUCAGAGAUCCGACCAACCCGACAAUCAUCCUUCAGAAUCCGAUUCCAUCUGGGAUCCAGUCUCUUUGCAACUCGUUGAGGGAUGCCUUCAGAUUCUCUGAUCAAGAACUGGUGUCCAGAAGCAUAGAGGAUUUCAUGGAAUUUCGCCGUGGUCGAAUGGCCUUCUCGGAGUUCAGCAUCGAGUUCGACAUGAGGCUUGAAGAGGCCACUACUCGUGCUGGCUUUGAGAUCAAUGACGUGGCGAAGUUCUACCUUUUCUUCAAGGCAGCUCAGCUUCCGGCAAAGCUGGUGGAUGAUAUCAAAUUGCAGAUCCAAGGAGACCUCCGCCGCUUCCAGGAAGCCCGAGCUCUCGCACUCCGCUUGGUCCAUCGAGCGCAAGAACACCACGACUCCUACUUCAUGGGAGAUGAUGACGACGACUGGGAUGAAUCCUGGGAAGACGCCUGGCUUGGCGAUUCUUACUGGCAAGAGGACUACGAUCCAUGGUCGGAGGAGUGGCGCGAGGAGGCAGACUCAUGGGAGGCUCCAUGGCACGAUGAGGAGUACUAUGGUGAAGACGAGUACUACGACGCGGAGUCCAGAGAGCCUUCCGAGCCGGCUUCCACUCCUGGCAACUCCGCUUCUCCACCUCAGGCGGCAUCGUCGUCGGCGUCCCAGGCUCAGGCUUCCGUGGAUGAAAACUACCCCAUGCACAAAGGCAAGGGCCGUGGCUGCUCCACCUGUGGUUCAAAGUGGCACUCAGCUUCAAGUUGUCCUGUCAACAGUGGGCAAGGAAAAGGCAGCGGAAAAGGCUUGCCUGGCUACUCCGGCAGCAAAGGCGGCUACGGCAAAGGCUAUGGCAAGCCUCGUUCCUCGAAGGGCUCCGGCUAUGGCAAGGGCAAGGGCAAGAAGGGCAAGGCCAAGUGGUCGCCGUAUCGCGGCUACGGGAAAGGCUACGGUGGCUAUGGCAAGAAGGGUGGUCAUGGCUACGGCGGUGGAAGCUAUUUCGGUUUCAGCGAGAAGAAGCUGAACAACAGCUUCCAUGGGCCAUCCACACGCCCUUCUCCUACGAAGAAGAAGCAUGUUCGUUUUGAGGAUGAGAACCAGGACACGAUCCUCCAUCUUAAUCGCCCCCAAGCUUCCAUGGCCACUGAGUCUGUCGAGGGCAGCCAAGAGGAUCCAGCAGAGGAUCAAGGCACGCAACCUUCGGUCGAGAAACGCCUGGAUUUCUCCUUUGCUCUGGGCAUCUUCUCUUCCCUGGAGAGCUACCAUACGGUGAAGGGUGACAAACGACGUGGUCUACUCGUGGAUCCUGGUGCGGCCUCUGGAUUGGUUGGUUCCGAAACUUUGCGAGAUCUUCUGAGAGUCCUGCCGACUGAGAAACAGCAGGAAGUGAAGUGGAACCAUCAGAAGCAGCGCAAUGUCAGCGGCAUCUCAGGCAAUCCAGAGAGCACCAUGGGAGAGGACGGCUCUCUGUGUCCUGCCUUGCUUGGUAAUCCUGCACUUCGACGGCAACGAGCAGCGAUCCUUACGGACUACUUCGAGAAUGGCGAUGGUGUCUUGGUGGUUCAGAAACCUGAUCAAGAACGGCACUACCUCCGCAUCCUCCUGACCGACUCUGGUCACUACCUUCUUCCUGUGGAUGAGCACUGCGAUGUGACAGAGCAGGAUGCUUCCAAGGAUCCAUCUGAUAGACGUGGACGCAUAGCCAGCGACUCUUGGUCCAUCGAGGGGCACUUCCUUGUGAGGCAUCACCGAAUACCUCGCAGGGUUCUCUUCACGCCGAAUGGUUCUAUCGACUGCCCCGUGGACAGUGACCAGCUGACUGGCGAACGCGACACGACCAUCCGACCCAUUCCUCGACGAGCUGAACGGCGUCUCCAUGAUGACUGGAACCAGGCCAAGGUUCCGAAUCGGGAUCUCGGGUACCUGUGGACAGGCGUCACUAAGUUCCUGCUUCGGUCUUCGGGCAAACCUUGUACCGCAGAACAACUGGCUACGACAUUUCCGACUGGUUCUGAUGCAGAGAUCUUUCCGCACUAUGCUGGUGACCAGUUUCCAGAACACUGGACUUCGGAGAGGACCAGGAAGGCUUUCUCCGUACAAGGCGGUGACCAUUGGCUGGGUUCUCGAGAUCAAGCAGGGAUGCACCUCCUGGCGGCGAUCAUCUACUACGCCAUCUCCAAUCGCAACGUUGGUGGAGUCAUCAUGGCCGGGCACGACGGCUACACCUGCCAUGAGCACAACAACGAUGACCCCAUCACCAUGAAGAAGAUCACCGCGAUGACCAUCGACGAGGUGGCUUCCCUCUACCUCUACUUCGUGAUCUCUGGAGCACUCGAACCGCAUGAGCCCAUGCAGGUUGACACGCAGGCUCCGACUCCCGAUGAGCACGAUGACUCCAUGGAGGUGGACCGAGAUGUGAAGAGAAAGAGCCCGGAUUCCCGGACAGUGGUUCUCGGCCCUGAAAGCAAACGGGAGCGAGUCAUGGCUUUCCUGGAAGUGCUGUCCUCCUCGAAGGUGACCACUCGGACUCAACACAAUAUGGUGAACCUCUACUGGAUGAUGAUGCAGCGUUUGCAUGUCAAGUGGGAUUUCCCCAUGACUUGGUUCACGAAUGAUAACCAUCAUGUCGUCACCCAGUGGGAUGAGUUCGCCUGGCGAUCCGAGAUGGCGGCCUCAUUGACUAGGCCGACUUCGAGCUUUCUCUUUACAUGGCCAGGCAAGAGGCACCAGACCUUGUAUGCCUCCCUCUUGGACGGCGAGAUCUACAAAGUGGAUGACGAAACCGAUAAUAUCGCCGAGAGUGAGGUGUACGACAUAUGGCCACAAGUGGACAAGGCAGACGAGGAGGAGGUGAAACAAUUUGUCGACACCGGCAGCUUCAAGAAGGUCCAUGUGAACUCGAUCUCCAGUGAGACUGUGGUGGUCGACAGCGUUUGGAUCAGGAAGUGGAAACGAUAUCCUGACGGAUCCCGGCGUGUGAAAUCGCGACUGUGUGCCAGGGGAUGCUUUGACAAUCAGCGGGACACUUUGUCGACGCGCUCUACAACGGCGACGAGGCUGAGUCAGCGCAUCCUUGUGUCCACGGCAAUGAAUCAUGACCAUGACAUUGAGAGCUGGGAUGUCUCCGGGGCUUUCCUGAAGGGGCUGACAUUCGAGAAGGUUCGUGAGCUUCUGGCUUCCAGAGGCAUCACCUCUCCAGUGAGGAAAGUGGUCAUCACUGCCCCGGCCUAUGUUUGGAGACAUCUGGCAAAGUUUGAUGCGUCCUUCCGUGUGGACUUCGAGUGCCUGGAUGAGUGGGCGCUGUUGUGCAUCAAACCCGUUUAUGGGCUUAAUGAUGCUCCAUUGGCUUGGCAGUUGUGCUUGCGCGGCCACUGGGAAGAACAAGGUGGCGUGCCAUCACUCUUGGAUGAGAACUACUUCAUCUGGCGACUCCAGGCUGGCGGCCGCUCCUCCGUGACCACUCACGUGGAUGACUGUGGGGCAGAAGGACCUCGAAAAUGGCUGGAUGAGCAGUACGACCGUCUCGUCAAGAAGUUCGGCAAGGUGACGAGGCAGAAGCUUCCGUUUACGCGCUGUGGCGUUGUCUACCGCAAGGUUGCUGACUGCGUCUGCAUGGAGCAGGACGACUUCUGCCGGAAACUCAAGAUGGUGGACAUCGAUAAGACACGGCGGGAUGAUGACGAUCUCACUCCUUCCGAGUUAACGUCCUUUCGGUCUGUGCUUGGAGGAUUGCUAUGGUUAACAGCCACACGCCUCGAUCUUGUUUCGGAUGUGUGCAUCCUCCAGACGAUGGUGACCAAAGCAAAAAUCAGCCAUCUUAAGCAGGCCAAUGCGGUCGUCCGGAGAGCUCAAGCUGAGAUCAGACAAGGUCUUGGACUGUAUUUCAGGAAGCUCCGGGCACCGCUCCGACUGGCAUGCGUGCAUGACAGUAGCGCUGGUGGAAACGUUCGUCAUUACGCACAAGAGGGCAUCAUGGUGCUCUUGUUCGAGGAUAAGCUCAAGGGCUAUGACUCCUACGAGCACGUCAUCGAAGACCAUCAGACGCACAAGCUUGGCGGCAAGUGCCACGUUCUGUGGGCACACGGUGCCAAGGCCAAGAGGGUGUCCUACUCCACCUCGCAUGCCGAAACACUUUCGGCAGUCUCGGGCAUGGAGACCUCGACACUUGUCGCUGUCCGCCUCGCUGAGCUCCUGUACACCGCAAAGCCUCCGACGAUUCAAUCUCUGCUUCUUCUUCAGGAAGGUGGUGUGCCAGAUCUGCCCUGUGACGGGUACACCGACUGUAAAGACCUGUUUGAACUGGCGUCCGGGUCAUCCAGCGUGCCCCAGGAUAAAACUCAGAGAUUGUAUGUCAUGUCGCUGAGAGAGGCUCGACUCUGCGGAAGGCAGAGGUGGCUCAUUCUUACGCCGACUGAAAGCAUGGUCGCGGAUGCCUUGACAAAGUCUAUGGUGGCCCCGCAAAUCAUGCACCUGUUGAGCACGGGCGAGGUUCAGUUCCACAACCAGGCCGAGCACAAGAUGACGUUGCGGCGUGUGCCCAAGGUCUUGGUCGUCACCGAGGAGCACCUCAAUCGGUCUGACAAGGAGUUGAUUCGAGACCUGCGCGUGUCUACGUCGACUACGGCGGCCUGCCUGCUUGUGUCUCGUUCCUGGUGUUUCUGGAUGGUGGCGGCUGCUGCUAUCACGACCUCAACGGCGACUACCAGUUCACCAACUACGGCCACUACCAGUUCUUCGUCCUCGACAGUUCUGUGCCCUACGGUUGCUCCAGAUGACGGUUGGAUGUGGCUUGUUUGGCUCUCAGUUUUCAUCAUUGCAGCUUACCAUGGCAUCCUUCUGUUCUUGAGCUGGCUCUGGAAGACAAUUACGAGGAGACCGACUACUCGUGAGGAACCUGACGCAGAACCUCCUGCGACACCGAGGCCACCUCCGGAACCUCCACAUGCUCCUGGUCCAGCUGACGAUGAGUUCCCAAACGGCGGGCGACUGCACGAGCUCAACCUCGAGACCGAGAACCUUCGGAUGCAGCUGCGUGACCUGAGACGCGAGCGUGAUCAUCUUGCACAGUUGUACGACCAGCAGUUUGAUAGAUCCACCAGGCUCCAAAGGGAGCUGGAUGCGCAUAUGGCAAACUGCCCACUCGGGCGUAAUGUCUUCGUCACACAAUCCGGACGAUGCUGGCACUGUGAUGUUAAUUGCUAUCACAUCAGGCGAUCUCAGUAUCGUACUUACCGGCACUGUCAGGAUUGUGCUGGGCGUUGA